GAGGUAAAAACUAGAGGAGUGCCUGAACUGUUGGGAGACGGCAGGUUAUAUUUUUCGAAUGGGGCAAUAGAGACUCCAACAGUGAGCUACCAUCUGCUGCUGACUAGAAUCUCUUCAAGCUGUCCAGAGUCCAUACAACAACAUGUCUAGUCAGGUAAAUGCAAACCAGGAACUUUUCCUGGACAUCCUCACAAAAGAGGAAAAAGAAGCCUUACUCACCAAGAAGAUGGAGGAGAUAAGGAAGAAAAAUGAGGCUCUUCGAAAGAGACACGAAGAAAUAGAAGCAGAAAAAAGGGCAGUUUCAGGGGGCCCUAAAAAUGCUGCCUCACCCAGGAAAGAGACAAAGCCUCUACCUGGAGAAGAAACUCCCAAAGAAUCAGCAGAUGGUAAAAAAGAGAGACCCAGGCAGCCUAAACCUGCCGGCCGGGGGAGAUCCCCCAAUAAGGGAGCCAGGGAUGCUCCAAGGGCACAGGAUAUUCGAGUUGUACGCAAUCUUUCUGGAGAAGAGGGGAGCACUGACCGCAAUAUUCAGGUGGUUAAUGAAAAUAGUGGCUCAACAGAUGCUCGCCCAAGAAAAACCUCCAAAAAUUCCAAAUCUUCUCGAUUUCAGAGGCCUGGGUCUCAAACCUUCCCUGAUGAAGAGGCAGUUGAGGAUCAACGGUGGGAAAAACCCCGAUAUCAGAGACCGUUGUCUCACGAAAAAAAUGAUGCUCGUGGGGAACAUCAUCAUUAUCAGCGGCACUCGUCCAAUGAGGAGGAGCAGGGAAGGAACCAGCGUCGCGGAAAGCGGCCACCGGUAAACCUGACACAGGAUGAGGAGGUGUCAGAAGGAGCGUAUGAAGCUCUUAAAAGACAGCACCAGCAACUCAACUAUCAGCCCAGAAAUCAAGAGUUUCGGGAACAUGAUUUCAGGGAUAACAGGGGCAGAAGGAAUAGAAGGUUUCAAAGGCCUUAUUCCAGGAAUGGUGACACUCGACGAAGUUUUGGAGACUCCGGUCAAGACUUCUCAAACGGAUUUCAGGAUGGGAAUCAUCCACAAGGAGAAUCGGAAUUUGAACCUCAAGCCAAACGCAUACAUGGUGGUAGACACCAAAGGAAUGAAAACAAAGGCUAUGACUUCUCCAAGAGCCCUCUCGGCCCUCCACCAGACCCAGCGUACAACUUCUUGUCCGACAGAUAUCGUCAUGGUGAGAGACAGAUGGAGAAUCCGAAGGGCGAGUUCUCCAGGCGGCACCCUAAGAACUAUGGAGGAGAAGACUUUGGCAACGUGAAGAACAGAAUGAGAAAGGAACGAGAUAGACAGGAUCGAGGAAGAGGUGGUCCUCCUAGAAGUAAAAUGGAGAUGUCAAUAAACAUGACAGGAAGAGAGCGGAGGGAGUAUGUGGAGUGGAAAGCGGAGAGAGAGAAAGUGGAUCAGGCUCGCAUCGACAGACAAAAAUCAGCAUCCGGCGAGUGGAAACGUGAAUGGGAUGUCAAAAAAGACGAAGAGGUCGCCCAGCGAGUAGAGCCAGGAAAACGACCAGGUAAUCUAGCCGUAGUCAGGACAAACACAGCUGGUCGCAUCGGAAGUGGUCGAUUUGACCGAGGGGACAGGGAUGAACGACCUCUAGGACCUGGACGUAAAGAUUCCAAGGAAUCCCAGGGGAAACCACAACCUAAUGGAGUUGCACAAGAACGUUUGGCAGAGAAAGAUGUUUCAGCACCACGUCCAGUCGGAAGAGGCAGGGGACGAGGGAGAGCCCGAAACAAGGGAGGAAGCACUGGGAACGACCCGGGGAGAGUGAGGACGUACUCUGGAGAGGACCGGCAUGUGGAAUGUAAGAAAGACCUGCUGGUCAUUAAGGUGGACAACACACCAGGAAAGAAAUCAGAUCAGGUGGAAGUGGAGUACUCUGAUGGAGAGAAUGAGCCCCAUUGUGGAGACCAAGCUGAGGCCCACCAAAAGAAGGCUGGACCUCAUGCAGAGGAGUUGUGGUGGGAUGAAGAGGGGGAUGAUAUUGGACUGGAACUGCAGGGCAUUUCAGCAGAAGAUGAAAUUUUUGAGCAGAAGGAGCUGUUUGAUGAUUAUCAUGAGGAUGGAUUAGAUGGUAAAGGCUGCUUUGAGGAUGCUCCCGGACAACCAAGCCAGGGAGACGAGGAUGAAUGGGAAGACUGUACGACAAGUGAGGAUUUCUCGACAGACAGGAGUCAGAGCCAAACAUCUGUCUCGGAUGAUUUAAGCUCUCCUCUUAAGGUCAAUCUCAAUCCUGAUGCACCUGUGUUUACUCCAACUUCCCCUAUAUCACCAAACCCACUGUCAACAAGAUUAAGCAAGGAAUUAAAGCUUGAGGAGAAGUCGUCUAAACAAAAGAAAAGCGAAAAGAAAAAGAAGGACAAAGAAGAGGAAACAGAAGAAGAAAAUACACAAGAAGAAGAACAAACUUUAGUAGAAGAUAAAACCCCAGUAGAUGAACAGAAAGCCCCACUGGACAGCAAUGAAGAUGUUACUGAACAUUCCAAAAGUGACUCUGAGAAAAUUUCUCCAGUAUCAGAGGAACUGGUAUCAGCUUCCUCUGAAAAGGAGUCAGAGGGUGGUGUUUCAUCAGAGAAGCCGACUUUGGCAGACUCUGAGACCCCACCAAAGGAUCCUGCUGUUAAAGCAGGCAGUAGCCCCCAGGUUGAGGGCACUUCUGACAAAUGUCAGACUCAACAAGAUCCUCCUGCUGUGAAGGAAACUGAGGAAGAGACAGCUCGAAAUGAAGCUGGGAAUAACUCCCAGACUGAAGUCGAAGCUGACGUUAAGAACCAGCAAGAAACUAAUUCUGAGAAUAUGGAAGACACAGAGGCAGAAGCCAAAAAAGAGGAAGAUCAGAAGGAGGACAAGGAGGCCACACCCACUCCUCAGGGGGAGGGGGAGGAGAGUGCCUAAAUCAGAUCAACAGCUGUCCCUCUCUUUGUACGAGAGGUCAGGACAGUUUCCAUAGUCAUUUUUCGUCAACCAUCCAUUAGAUGGUUAUUCAGCGCAAGAAGAACAAUAUUUUGAAGAAAAAAAAUGCACAUGUAUUUGUAUGAUAGAAUAGAAAAUGUAACGAUCAUUAUCGGGUCAUCUGAUUUCUUAUUGUUUGAUAAUGUGUUAAAGUAUCAAUGGAAUUCAUUCUUACAUAGUAAAAAAUACGAAUUUGUGGUGUUAAAUGUAUACCUUAAUGAUAUAAUGUAGUUACAGAUAUAGGUAAUUGUACUGUACUGAGGUCAGUUUUAUGUAACCAACUGUAAUGCAUAUAUAGUCAUGCACACAUUUUAUCACAAAAUCUAAGGACAGAUUUUUCUGAACUAGUAUUUCAGAAACAGAAUUUUUUUCAUUGAAAUAAAUACCUGUUUUAUAUCAAAUCAUUUUUUAAAGUUUUUUCUUUCAGCAGACUGGUAUAUUUCACAGUGAAUACAUGUACUUUGAAUACAUAUAAAAUGGGCAUGUCUUUGUGAAAAUUAAUGACAAGAUUUGAGAAUUGAGUGUCUUUAUGCUACUACUGCUGCUAUUGAUUAUUGUGGAGACAAUACUGCCCCUGUGUUUGAAGUCCAGUGGCACCUGCUACAUGCCAUACUUCUAUCAGGCUCUUGUUGUAAGCUAUUGUGUUCUGUAAGCCUUUACUGAGACCCUAUCCACUAACUUUAAAGAUGCUAAAAGUUGUGUGAUUAGGGAAUGGACUUGGCUUUUAUACAUAUAAACUUUUUUGGCUGUAUGCUUGAGACUAAGAUACAUGUACAUGUACCUUAUCUCAUUCUUUGAAAUUUUUUUGGCAUUAGAAGUUAAAUUUUUUCCAGAAGUCAUAUGAAUAUUUUUUAGUUUUUGAUUGGUGCAAAGUUGUACAUAUUUGCAUGAAAAGAGAUUCAUGUUGGAGAUUUUUCAAGUAUAAUUGAACAUUUUAAUUUUGCACAUGAACAAUGCAUUUGGUGCUUUUACAACAUAUCAUUUUCAAAGGAUGAUCAUGUUCAUGUUGAUAUGGAAAAAAAAUUUUUAGCGUGAUUAAAAUUUUAUGAAUUUUGAGAAAAUUAAUUCUUCAUAUAAUUAAUAAUUUGCAAAUUUUGUUAUAUUAUAUUUUUGUUUUUAUUUUAUACAUUGAAAGUACUUCAGUUGCUUUAGUUUUGUUCCUGAAUGUGUUUUCAUUUGUCCUUAACUUAUUUGUGAACUUUUUUAAAUAUGUAUCACAAAGAAUUAAUUGACCUUUUUUGUUCAAAUAUUCAGUGAUCUAGUGUUUUGUUGGUGUGUUAUUUAUGAAGAAUGGGCGUUUUACACAGCUUCAUUUUAUAUUCUUAUUGUUUUAUUGUAUAUGUAUUGAUGCAUAUAGAGAAAAAUCUAAAAAUUAAUAUAUAAUAUGAAAAAAAAAAGGAAAAUUUGAAGAAAAAAAAGGAAACCAAAAAUAGGUAUAUAUCUUUGUAAGGAUUUGUAUGUUCAUCAUAGAUUUGAAAGGUUAACACAUUAUACUAUAGUAUCAAAUACAUUAUGAUGGGGUGAGAUGUCACCCACUAUGGGGCUUACUUUAGAAUAUUUGUGAGAUCAGCCCUCGCCCUGGGAAACAUUCCCUUUUUUCAGAUUGCUUUUGUCAGUGAAAGCUUUAUCAUUAUGAGAUAAUUAGUUUUAAAUAUUGUUAACUAAAGAUACUUUUUUACGCAUUUUAGAGGCAUUGUUCAUGAUCAAACUCACCAUGCGAGAUUGAUGAUAAAUAAAACUCGACAUCAUG